AGCUCGGGCUCGAGAGUUUACGUCUCUCAAAGUAAAUACCGAGCCAGCACAGAAUUGUUUAUUUUUUGCGGAAGAUCUCUCGUUGCUAACGGACAUCCGCGUGAUAUGCACCGACACUCGUGAUAAUUCGCCCUUCACGUGCAUAUAACGACACCCACCCCCGCCCCCACGUCUAAUGUGAUACGGUUUGUCACAUAUCACAGUUACAUUGACCCAGUUUGGUUUUUUUUUGGUAGGACUUUUUUUGGACGCAAUGGAUACUCUCGUGUUAAGGACGGUGUGUUUUGUGAUUUGUUUUUCGGGAUUUUUUGUGGAUUGUACGGAUGGUACUGUGGGUACUGACCUACAGCUUGGUGUAACUAGGAACAAGAACAGGGGCAAAGGAUCCAUGUGGUGGGGUAUCGCCAAGGCGGGAGAGCCGAAUAACAUCUCGCCGACUCAACCUGGGGUACUUUACAUGGAUUCAUCGGUCCAUGGUACCUUGAGGAGGAAACAGAGGAGGUUGGCUAGAGAGAAUACUGGAUUACUGGAGGCAGUGGCCAGGGGUGCCAAUAUGGCCGUCAACGAGUGCCAGUACCAGUUUAGGAACCAGAGGUGGAAUUGUAGUACCAAGAAUUUUUCGAAAGGGAAGAAUUUGUUCGGGAAGAUUGUGGAGAAAGGUUGUCCAGAAACAGCGUUCAUCUACGCAAUCACCAGCGCAGCAGUAACUCACUCGAUAGCUCGCGCAUGCUCAGAAGGCUCAAUAGAAACUUGCUACUGCGACAAACACUAUAGACGCCCCCAAGUGUUUAGCAAUAGCAACACUGGGGCAGUAGCGGGAGCAAGAGAUUUCGAAUGGGGGGGUUGCUCUGACAACAUCAGAUUCGGGAUGGAGUAUGGUAGAGCGUUCGUCGAUACGGGAGAAAGGGGCAAAAGUCUACGGGAAAAGAUGAAUCUGCAUAACAACGAGGCCGGGCGAUACCAUGUCCAAACUAUGAUGCGUCAAGAAUGUAAGUGUCACGGUAUGUCUGGAUCCUGUACGAUGAAAACGUGCUGGAUGCGCCUAUCCAGCUUCAGAGUGGUAGGAGAUUUGCUGAAGGAUCGAUAUGACGGUGCCACCCACGUAACCGCUCAUAAUUCUGUUACUUUGAAGAAUAAUAAAGCGCAUAGUAAUAGAUUGCCAAAGAACCCUAAACUGACGGGGAUAAUGACCAAUAGCAUCCAUACAAAAAGGGAGAGCAAAACGAGGAUGAAGUACGGUUUCAAGCUGAAGCCGUACAUUUCGGAACAUAAACCGCCAGAGUCUAAGGAUUUGGUUUAUUACGAGAUGUCGCCAGGGUUUUGUGAUAGGAAUCCUAGGCUUGGAAUCCAAGGAACUUACGGACGUCAAUGUAACGACACCUCAGAAGGUGUGGACAACUGUGCCAUCAUGUGUUGCGGUCGAGGUUACAAGACCCAAGAGGUGAUAGUCAUGGAGAGGUGUAACUGUAUGUUCCAUUGGUGCUGUGAGGUAAAGUGUGACAUAUGUAAAGUGAAAAAGAAAAUUCACACUUGCGCAUAAUGUUAUUUGUAGACUAAUAAUCCGUUGACCAGUAUUAAAAAAAAUAUUAAAUUGCUUCUUUAGUGUAUAGUAGAAAGACUGACUCUCGAAUAUAUUUUGUGUAUAUUUAUUUAUUGUCGAUAUGGUCUCUCUUUAGGACGUAUCUCUAAACUUGUAUAGGAAUCUCUAUCUCUAUAAGAGACGUGUUUAUGUAGAAAGUUACCUAAAUAUAUGAAUUUUCUAUAAAAUUAUAUGUUUUAGGUAGUUUAAGGGUCAUUACCCAGUGAUACAUUAGUACUUACCUAACUUAUUAUUUUUUUUAAUUUAAUUUAUUCCUGUGUAUAUAUUGUUUUUUUUUAUUUUAAAUCAGCAUAUAGUAUCUCAUAUC